AUAUCUCUCGGCAGUCUAAUAUCUAGUUUUAAUAAAAAUGAAUUCCCAAAUGUUCUGUUGAAGCCUGUGCCCUGUCGAAGUGGAAACGUGUGCUCCUUAAUGGCUCUAGGAUGCACAAUAUUACCUCCUACAUCUUCAUCAACCUCACGAUUCUCACAUAUUUUCCCUCAAAUUUCUGCUCAAUUUAAAAUCAAUACAAGAGUCAAUCUUGUCGGAGUUCAAAGAGAUAUCAAUCUGAAAUCAGUCUCAGAAAACAUUAGCUGCACUUCUCUCUGUGUUGCGAGGCUGCCUAGAUUUAAGAAUUUGGUUGCAUAUGCUGGGAAACCGCUUAGAGAUGGAAGCACAGAGGCAAAGGCUACACAAUUGUCUACUGAAAGGCCAGAAGAGUCAGAAGCUGCAAAACAACUGCAAAAUGAUAUGGAGGAAAAUAGUGGUGUGAAUGCAUGGUAUGGAUGGGGUGCAGGACUUGCACUGUUAGGGCUUAUUGAAACAUCCUACUUGACUUAUAUGAAAGUGGCAGGUAAUGAUAUCUAUUGUCCUACGGAUGGUGGAAGUUGUGGAGAUGUCCUAAACAGCAGCUAUGCUUCUGUUUUUGGUCUUCCUUUAUCUUUAGCUGGCAUGGCUGGCUAUGGAAUUACGGCAUUUCUUGCUCUGCAGCUAUCGAAGAGGAAGGCACUGUUUGGAAUCGAUGAAGAUAAAGCCAGAUGGAUUUUUCUGGGGAUGACUAGCUCAAUGACAGCUGCAAGUGCUUAUUUUAUGUACCUUUUGACUGUGAAGUUGGAAGGGGCAUCUUGUGCAUAUUGUGUAACUUCAGCACUGUUGUCUUUGAGUUUGCUGUUGAUUUCUCUUAGGGAUUUCAGCUUUAAAGAAAUACAACAAAUAGCUGGGGUCCAGAUUAGCACAGGUGCUUUGGUAAUUGCAGCUUUAUCUACAGCAUACAGUAGCUCUGUCCCUGCUUUAGCUGGGAUAGAUGAUAUUGACUUACCACCAGUGGAGCCAGUUGUGACAACUCAAUCCAGUCCUGUUGCAAUUUCACUUGCAAAGCAUCUCCGUUCUGUGGGAGCUAAAUUGUAUGGAGCUUUUUGGUGUUCUCAUUGUUUUGAACAGAAGCAGAUGUUUGGUGCCGAAGCAGCAAAGAUUUUGGACUAUGUGGAAUGCUAUCCAACUGGGUAUCGAAAGGGAGUCCAGAUAGCAAAAGCUUGUAAAGAUGCUAAUAUUCAGGGUUUCCCGACUUGGGUAAUAAAUGGUCAGGUUUUAAGUGGUGAAAAGAUAUUUGCAGAGCUUGCUCGUGUUUCUGAUUUUGAUCAGGCUCAAUCUGAAUCUUGAUUUGCCCAUAUAAAUUAUAAGGUUUAUGUAUUAGAAAGAAAAAUGGCUCUUGUAUGGUUUUCAUGACUUUGUAAUAUGUCUUCAGCUCAUUUGUGCCUUAACUGGAAAAAUGGUCAAUUGCACCUCCACCUUAUAAAAUAUUUCAGAUAAAGAUCUUGAAAUUAGUACUGAAUAUUUUAUUCCUCAGACUAAAUUUUGGUAGAACUAAAUUACUAUGAUAAACAACAGGAGUUUACCAUAAAAACAGCAUCUAGCUGUUAUAUGUUGUGUAUACAUUUCACUUGUAAGUUGAGAUAAUUCCUAAUGCAGUUAUAUCUUGAGUCCAAAGUUUUUGAUA